UGUGUCUGCUCGCCUUCUCUGCCGCACAAUCCAACAUGGAGUAAUGAGAGAUGGGGCUCGGACGGGGCCACCCUCAGCAACAUCCAGCGCGCACUGAGCACCACUGCGGAGGACAUGCACAGGCUCCACAACAAACCACACGGGGACAGUUCUGAAUAGCAGCCGAGGCUUGUUGAGUCGCGUCUGCGGAUCUGGUGUCCUUCACCGUUUUCAUCAGCAACUGGUUCGCUCCGGAGGAGAAAAUAAAAAGAGCCAUCAGGAACCGGAGGGACGAAGAGAACAAAAACAAACCGAAUACAGAGAGGGCGAGACAAGAGACACUAGUAGUGCGAUAUGUGAGGGAUUUAUUUUAGGGGGGAAAGAGCGGAAAGAAAAAAUGACGAGCGAAAAGAGUGCACCCGCAGCGGGAUUUUGUGCGAGGUGAAACGAGAAAAUGAUUGAAGAAACACACCCAAACGAUGACAGUUACAUCGUACGCGUCAAAGCGGUGGUAAUGACCCGGGAUGACUCGAGUGGGGGUUGGUUAGCACAGGAGGGUGGAGGGCUCAGCCGAGUCGGUGUCUGCAAGGUGGCACCUGCUGAGCUGAGCGGCCACAGCGACUUUCUCAUCCAUGGAGAGCGCCUCAAAGACAAACAGGUGGUCCUGGAAUGUUUUGUGAGGAAAGAUCUUAUCUACACCAAGGCCACGCCUACGUUUCAUCACUGGAAGGUUGACAACAAAAAGUGUGGCCUCACGUUCCAGAGUCCUGCUGAUGCCCGCGCUUUUGACCGAGGGGUACGGAAAGCCCUGGAGGACAUAACGGAAGGUUCCACAACUUCCUCUUCAACACUCCAGAAUGAAGCUGAACUAGGAGACGAUGAUGUUUUCACAACCGCCACUGACAGCUCAUCCAACUCAUCCCAGAAAAAGGAGCAGGUCAUGCAGCCAUUGACCACACCCACCUUCUAUGAACCACACCGGCAUCACCAUCACUACAUUCUGGGUCACUUCCAUGAGCAGUACAGGACCUCAGAGCGCUACUUUCUGGACCAGGCAGCCCCCAGGUUGGCACGGCGUGUCAGCUUCCUAGAUGAGGAGGAUGAUAUAGUUCGCAUAAACCCACGUGAGCGUACUUGGCUCUCAGGCUAUGAGGACUACCGUCAUGCACCUGCGCGUGCUCAGGGUUUCGACUCGUACGUUCACUUCGCCAAGGGUGAUACACCAGCCAAGCAUGACUACAGCUAUCCGUAUGCACCGGGCUCGGAGCUGAACAAGGGCCCUCGCCGAGGCUCUGGGGGUGGAGCUGUGGUUUCUCAGCCAAUCAGCUUCAAACACAAGGAGGAUGAGGAAGAGGGUUUGGGUGGGGGCCGACAUUGCGUCUACUGCGGCGUUUUUUUCCGGCGUGAGGAGAACGGCCGUGGCCGCUGCCCUGAUGCUCCGGACCCAGCACGCUCGUGCAUCCGACGCUUCAGCUGCAUGUGGUGUGCAGACAGCCUGCUCUACCACUGCAUGUCAGAUCCGGAGGGCGAUUACUCUGAUCCCUGCUCAUGCGACACAGCUGAUGAACGUUUUUGCUUGCGCUGGCUUGCCCUACUCGGCCUUGCACUGCUCGCGCCCUGCCUCUGCUGCUACCCGCCACUGCAUGCCUGUCAUCGAUGUGCCGUGGCUUGUGGCUGCUGUGGUGGGAAGCACAAGGCCACUGCAUGACCCCUGACACUGAUCCCACCUGAAAUAUCACAUAUUGAACACACCAAGAUAAAUAGCGACAUCAAGGAAAGCAACAGGAGGCAGGAAGAACGUUCAUCAUGGUUUUUUUGUUUGUUUGUUUCUUUCUUUUUUAGUCUAUCUCAGUUCCUACUCCAAAUAGACAAUAAGUACAAAAAAAUGGUGCAUUUAACUGGCUUGAAUAAUUUUCUUCUUUUUUUUA